AUGACUCAGCUAGUGCGUCCCCAAAGUGCCCUUUUGGAUAUGAUUCACAAUCGUUUAAGAUUGGUCCUCUUAGCUGUACAGUGUGCCAGGCUCUUUUAUUUGACACCAGCAAAUGUAUUCCUUGUUCUCAAUGUUUUCUGCAAAUCAUGCAUAUCCCGCUUUAAGGACUGUCCAUUAUGUGGGGCUGACAUUGUGAAGAUUGAGCCUGACGCUAAUCUUCAAGGUGUAGUUGAUCGCUUUAUUGAAGGUCAUGCUAGGAUCAAAAGGUCUGUUAGUUCAGACAAAGGAGAAGAAGCUACAGAGAGUAAACAGGUCAUCUAUGAGGAUGUUUCUUUGGAAAGAGGUUCUUUCUUAGUGCAACAAGCCAUGAGGAUGUGGAUAUUAACCGUGGUUAUGCAGAUUUGUCAAGUGGAGGUACACAAAGAUUCACGAAGAGAUACAACUAUUCAUGAAGAGUUACCAUUCAUGAAAAGUUACCAUCAUUCAUGAAGAAAUAUAACUAAUCAGAAUCCCAUAUCUUUUGGAUUUGAAAGAUGUCUGAUCAACAUCUAUAUAAGGGAUUUUGUGCUCUAUUAAUAUAUGAGACUUUUUCUCUUAAUACACAUAUCAAUUCGUGAGAAUUUUAUUAUUGUUUGACAUUAAUACUAAGAGUGAGUAUUAUCGUUGUAUUUCUUCUUUGUAUCUCAAAAGCGGA